UUACUGUUUCACCCCAGGAAUUCCCCCGCAGUCUGCCAUCAAGUACUGUAUGUACUCUGUGCUUGCAUACAUUGAAGGCACUGUAAACCACCAUGCCUCUCGACACAAUUUACCUCACCCGUCACGGCCACCGCCUCAACUGGACGAUAGACUACAAAACGGGCACCUACCAUGCUCAAUUCCCAACCCCCACAGGCAAUCCGGCCGAUCCCACCCUCACCUCGCACGGAGUGCGCCAGUCCCAUGAGCUCGCUGCGCAUCUGACCAGCGAUAGCGUCCAUCCGAAACCUUUUCGCGUCUACUGCAGCCCGUUCUACCGAUGUCUCCAGACAAUCCAGCCAUCAGUGGAGGCACUGAAAGAGCUCCACCAGAGGACAUGCUCGAAAGCUUGUACCUCUACGACAGCCACAACGGACAGCACCAUUGAACCCCACGCAGACUUUGACGUGCGCAUUGAGAAUGGUCUAGGAGAAUGGUUCGGCCACACCACCUUCUUCGAACACCCGCAGCCCGCCCCGCAUUCCAUCCUAGCCACCCACUUCCCGACCCUCCUCCCCCUCCCUCCUGCGACAUCUCCUCCCCCUAGUGUCCGGGACCGAGGAGGAAACCCACCAACCACCCCCCAUGUGAUCCCCUCGCCCACCGGCGAAACCAUCGCCCAACUCCACGACCGCGUCGCCACCGCCCUUGCCGGCAUCCUCGCCGACGUCGACGCCGAGAUCGCCGCGCUGGAGGCCGCGCAGCCCGCCCACGAACCCCGGACCAGCAAAGCGAUCCUCAUCUGCUCGCAUGCGGCGCCCUUGAUCGCCAUGGGCCGCGCGCUGACGGGCCACAUGCCGGCGGAUCCUAAUACCGACGACUUCGCGGUGUUCACGGCGGGGCUGAGCACCUUUCGCCGCCGCCGUCGCGAGAGCGGGGACCGGCGUGAUGCUUCUCCCGGCCAGCAGGCUGAGAUACCAUCACUUGCACGGGGGACGAAAGUCCUUCGGGCUGGUACAACAGUCCCGGAUUGGCGUGGGGGCAAAGGUGUCGCUGGUGGGUGGGAUUGUGUGCGGAAUGGUGACUGUGAGUUCUUGAGUCAGGGGGCUGAACGAGGGUGGCACUUUGAUGGAGAAGAAGGGUUUGAUACGGGCCCUAUGGCGCCAGAGGAGGCAGGGCCGACGUCGAGUUUGGAUACUAUGGCUACUGAUGGUGUAGGUGAGCGGGGGAUGAAAUUGUGACACUGACGCGUGGUCUCGGGAGUGGGGGAUGAGAGUAUAAAUACUGAUGGUAAGAGCUAUGUUUCAAGUAAGGAAGGCAUAUAUAUCCAGAUAAUUCCCAGUUAUCGUCGACACUACUUUUCUCGCCAAGGGAAUUAUAGAUUAUGCCCUAGAUUAUGUCCGACUGAAGCAGCAAGGGUAGACUACAAUUACAU